AUGCCUCAUUCGGACGGGGACACCUCUCCUCGUCAAGACUACUUAAACCGGGUCGGAGCACCUAAAUUUGAUCCUUUUGCAACCAUCGCUAGUGGUGCCGACGAUCAGGAGUUCGAUCACAGCGGCACAACCAAUAUUGACCACAGCAGUGCCCACACUACGACUUCUUGGUCCCUCCCUGGGAUUAGCCCGGACAGGACCUUCACCGGUCCCGACACUUCGAAUCCCCUUGUGCUACCCUUCGGCACUAUUCACGAUUAUGAUGAGUGUACCCUCUCAUGUACCCCUGACUGGGCCGCGAGUGUCUGUAUUGAUCCGAGUGCCCUUGCUGAAACAAAGGACGAUUAUCCUAUGGACGAGGUCGCCCAUAAGGAUUCCACCCCUGCCUCCCAAUCUGUAUCUCCCUCGCCGGGGAAUAUCGACGAUCAUGAGGAGGGCACCGUCUCAUGUACCCCUGACUGGGCCGCGAGUGCCUGCAUUGGACAGAGCUCCUCUCCCGAAACAACCGACAACCGUCCUAUGGACGAUGUCGCCCAUGAGAAUCCCACCAAUGGCUUGCAAUCCGUGUCUCCCUCGCAGGGGGGGCACCAUGAAACAAGCCGUAAAUCAGCGUAUAAACCACGUCUUCCUGUCUGAUAUAAAUACUGACUUUUCCUAGGAGGCACUGGUGCUCGGAGGCAAAUUAUUCACUAAACAUUCUGACCUGAAACGACACGUGUCUACCAUUCAUAACAUGACAACUGGCUCGCGCGUCCCGUGCACAGAUUGCCAUAAAACGUACACUCGCAAGGACAACAUGAUGAAGCAUUGCAGGAAGGAACACGGGGAUCCGAAUGAUGCGAAUGCGUCAGAAUAGGGAUCUUGAUUGCUUUCAGGUUCCUGCUAUUAGUGGUUGUUGAUCACUGAGGUGAGAAAGGCCACACAACGUGUUCG